AUGGAGGAGCUGUGGCAGACGGUGCUUGCUUAUUGCAAGGAUGCUCCACAACACAUAAAGUGGUCGGUGGAUGAGUGUUUCGUAGAGAUGGACGUGGAUGGGAAUGACCGAGUGAACCGGCAAGAGUUCUUGGCAUACAUGGAGAUUCAUGAAGACUGCAAGCAUAUGAGUACUUGCAGCUUCUUCAAUGAGUUCAAGAAGGAAGAAAAGGAAGGGUUAGAUUUCAUGGACAUGGUGAUUCUCGUCUACAUAAUUUACAGUGGAAAACCAUUCUGCAAUGGGCACUGUGGAAGCUUUAUAAAGGGAACGUAUUUCACUUGUGUCAAGUGCUUUGAUGGCCAUGAGCAUGGCCAAUGUAGCGUCCCAAACAAUACCUUCAACGUUUGA